UUGCACAUAACGUUCUCACUCGUCACUAGAACCCACUCGGGUUGGCUGUGACGUAAAACGCCGGCUACAAGAUCCCCCUCCUCAACAUUCUGAUACGAAACAGCCGGUAUAUAGGCUGUGUGUGGACAGCAUUGCAGCAUUGAAGCCUGUGGUGUUAACGUUACAUCUUCAACACAUAGAUUUCUUCCCACCAUCGCCAUGCGGAUUACUCAAGCAGUGCUCGCGCUACCGAAGCUAACCCAGCGGUUCAAGAAGGGCCCCUACAAGCCUGACAGCUUCAUGAAGUAUGCACGGCUAUCAGUGCUGAAGGAUCCUUCGGUGUGGCCCCUAGUGACCAUAGUUUCCGGUGUGGGUAUGUUGGCGCUAGCUGCAAUGGGUUGGACGGCCUACAGUAAGGUUGAUGUAGUUUUUGACAAAAGUCACGAACCGGCGUUGAACGAGGUGCCUUUGGACAGACCAACGCAAAAGUUGCUUACAAUAAACCAGACGUACAAGGACAUCCCGGAGGUUCACGUCAUGGAAGAAAUCGAGAAGGACGAGCACUGAAAAGUCCCUGCCAUGUUGCACAUAAUCGCUAGGUGGCGCCCGUGAGUGGUGAAGCUGCGUCGCGCAUCGUGAUCAGUAUGCUAAAGCGGCCAUGGGUGUUUUCAAAUAUCUACAGUGUAUGCAACACUUAUCGCUUAAAAUUUGGAAAGACACUGAGGACUGAAAACAACAUUAAAACAAAAAAUAACAAUAUACGAACAUUUGAUAGACAUACG